AUGGUUGUCUUUCGAUCGAAUAAAUUGCGCAACAUCUUCUAUGCGGUCACCGCAUUGAUCGUGGUCUGCACCAUUUACCUCAAUUGGACGCCAACUCCGGCCUCCGUUGUCCCCGUCACGGUUUUCGAAGUCCCGUUAAACGAACGACAGGCGGCUUUUUGGAAGGCCUUCAAGCCCAUCCUUGAAUCGCACGCGCCCGGUACCUCCGAGCCAACACUCCGGGAACCCGCCCCCGCCCAGUACUUCAAUGCCUCAACAACCGAACCCCGACCCGACCUCGUCACCCUCAGCGAUGGCGAUCUCCACGCGAUGGAGGAGGCCCAUGCCAAAUACCUCCACGAAGUGAGCACGUCGAGUCGGCUGCGCCCGGUGCAUUCGGCCGGUACACGGGGCUUGGUGACAACGGCGGGACAGACCUAUCUGCCUGUGUUCAUGGCGGCUCUCCGGAUGCUACGCCGCACGGGGUCGACGCUGCCGGUCGAGGUGUAUAUGAGGGACGGGGGCGAAUACGAGAAGCACAUCUGCGAACAUAUCCUUCCCACCAUGGGCGCACGCUGCCUCAUCCUGUCCGACGUCAUGAGCAAGGCCGCCAUCGAAUACUACCAACUGAAGGUCUUUGCUGUCCUGUUCUCGUCCUUUGAGGAGGUCAUCUGGAUGGAUGCGGAUUGCUUUGCGCUAGACAAGCCGGAGAUCCUGUUCAACAAUGAACCCUUCAAGUCGAAAGGGCUAGUUACCUGGCCUGACUUCUGGACGUCGUCCGUGUCGCCCCAGUACUACAAGAUCUCCGGCCAACCGGUUCCUCCCAUGACGGAGCGACAGUCGACGGAGACGGGUGUCUUCCUCGUCUCCAAGAAGACCCACUGGAACACGUUACUCCUGGCGGCGUAUUACAACUUCUACGGCCCAUCGCAUUACUUCCGACUCCUGUCGCAAGGCGGCCCGAGCGACGGCGACAAGGAAACGUUGCUCCACGCCGCCUCCGCCGUGGGGAAACCGUUCUACGCCGUGAGUGAACGCGUACAGGCCAUCGGGCACGACAAGGAGGGCGAGAUCUCGGCCUCCGCCAUGGCGCAGGCCGACCCCCUGGCCGACCACGCCCUGACCAGCGAGGGCAAAUGGCGGGUCCAGGAUCCGGCCGUCGCCAACCCCCCGCGGGUGUUCUUCAUCCACGCCAACUACCCCAAGUUCAACCCUGGCGAGGACGUCUUCGGGACGUCCUUCGAGACGACCCCUACGAUCAAGCCGGAUGGCAGCGAGGGCCGGGCGUGGACGGCGCCGGCGGACGUGUUGACGCGGUUCGGAUCCGACGCGGAGCGGUCGUACUGGGAGGAGAUCAAGUGGGUCAGCUGCAACAAGGACAUCGACUUCAAGGCUUGGAAAGGGAAGGGCGACGUCUGCAGGAAUGUGGAACACUACUGGCAGAGUGUAUUUGCGGAGCCGCACGACGACGAUCCUAAGUUCGUGGCUGGUUGAGAUCUCUCACACUUUACGUUUGAGCCUU